UAUAACAAAACAACAUGAAUUUUCACUUAUUUAAGCCAUCCAUUGAAAAUGCCGAAAUCAAGUUUUGCAUCCGGCGUGGUUUUGAAAUAUUUAAAUUUUAUAAUUUACGAAUCAAUUAUGAUCUGUUUGAUUAUCAACAACGAAAAAUUUCAUGGACAUAUUCAACGAUCAAACCAGCCAUUUGGAUCACAUUGAAUGGAUGGAUUUCUAUCGUAUUUCUUGUCUGUUUGAUUAUUUGGCCACACAAUGAUUACGUUAUCAGUAUUGAUACAUUCGACAAAAUUAUCGGAUCCAAAAGAAACGAUUUCAUAGUAAUCGAAAUGAUCAUUGUAUUUAUUCUACAUGACUAUUUAUGGUAUCAUUUUUUGCUCGAGGUUAUACACUACAAAUCAUCGAUGAAUGAUUUUUUCAUCAAUAAUUGGCAAUAUGAUGAUCAACAAUUGGCACCGCAAUACCGAAAUUAUCUAAUUCAAUUCUUUCGAAAAUCACAGUUUAUGGCUGUUAUUUUCCUUCGAUGUUUUAUCAUUGGAUUGUUGGCUAUUCAAUUCAUUUUCAGCUAUUUUUCUUUCGAUUUCUUUAAAUACCAUCAGAUUACUUUGACUCAAUUGAUAUUGUCAUCAACAUUGUUUUUUUCAUACAUUAUUCAAUGCAUCUAUUUGAUUAGCGAUGCAUUCAUGUCCAUAAGUUUCAUUGUAUUUAACAUGGAAUUCUUUAUUGUCCGGCUUAAACAAUUAUCCAGCAAAUCGGCUUUAAUAUUACAAAAUCCAUUUCAAUCUUCAAUCAGAGAACGAAAAUUGUUUUGGUAUAAAUUUCAUUCCGAAUAUGUAGCUCUUUACAGCGAAACGGCCAAAAUCAAUUUAACAGCGCGUAGUGUUUUAUUCUUCAUUGAAUUACUGUCCAAAUCUGCUGUAGUAAUUUGUUUAUUAUUCAUUAGUCAACAAACCAAAAUGAAUGUACAGAAUACAAUUGUCCCAUUGGCAUUCAUGUCAACAUUUUCUCUAGUGAACAUCCUCUAUUUCCGUGUAGCUCAUAUGCCAUCAUAUAAUCGAAUUUGUUGGCUAUCGAUUCACCGUUGGAUUGCUCGAACACAAUGGUUGAGUAUGGAAAGAAAAAAAUUCCACAAUAGAUUGCCUUUACGACAUUCACUUAAAUCAUGUCUAUUCGUACAAACGAUGACCAGCAAUCAAUUCGGUUUCACUUGUGGCCGAAUGUUUUUCAUAACCAAAUUCAAAUACAUUCAAUUGUUUAUCAUGAAUUUUCAUAUGGCCAUCAAAUUUUAUAAGAAAAUUUGCCUAACAAAAAUCCAUUAACAUCAUGAUCUGACCAAGCUUUGUUUUGUCUAUCAGUUAUCAAUCGAAUUUGAAUUCGAGAAUUUAUAUAAAUAAACAAUUUGUGAAACAAGUCAGAUCAUUCCAAUGGUCAGUCUGACCAUGAUGACCCAAUUACCCAGAACAAAAUUUGACCAAUUGAUUUUGUUUAUUUUUGUUUUAAUUUGUAUCAAUUAAUAAGAACGAUGAUCACAAUGGUAAAUGACAAAGAUUUUCCCAAUAUAUACGGAGAUUCUAUACAUAGGGCACUGUGUGUGUGUGU